AUGAUAACAAGAAGUCAAAAACUAAAAGAAAAUUUAUUAGUUAAUGGAAAACAUCUUAAUAAUUCUCGAAUUGAUAUGGUAGCAAAUUCAAAAUUAAAUAGAGAUUAUUGUAAUUCAAAUAAGACAAAGAAUACAACAGAAAUACACAAACAUGUAUGUGUUUCGAAGCGAAAUAGUAAUUCAAAUCUAAUAAAGGAGCAGAAAAGUGUGAAGAAGCAUCGAUCUAUAGAGAUUAGUAGUACUGAAGAAACUACUUCUACUCUAAGUAAGUCAAGUGUAAUUGUAAAAAUAAUGAAAUCAUUAAAGUCAGAACCUCCUUUAACAAGUCCUCUAAUAGGAAGAUUAGAUAAAUUAGAUGUAAUUGCUGGAUUUAUACUGAAAAAUGCCAAUAAUGCUACUUCAGCUAUUUUGUGUAUUUCAGGUUCUCCGGGAACUGGGAAAACUUGUUGUGUAGAUCGUGUAUUAAGAAUUUUGAGUAAGGGAGAAUGGAGUUAUCAGCUCGAAUUAACAGAUGGAUUAGUAGUGAAUGAACUAACUGGGAAUUUUAAGAAAGUAUGUGAAAAAUCUACUAGGAAAGAAGAGUUAAAAAUCCACUAUACAACACUUCCUAAAAAUUACAGUAUUAUAAGGACAAAUGCAUCUCAUAUAAUAGCUUCCUAUAGUAAUAACUCAGUUCCAGUUAACUUAUCAUUAUUUUUGCAUUUAGCUAUCCUUAUGAAAUUUUCAGAAAAGGUUAUUGUAGAGAUGAAGGAUAUUUAUAAACAGGAGGGGUUGAAAGAAUGUGUAAAAUACUUUAUAGCUCAAGUUGUGUCAAGACGAACAAAGUUUAUUAUUUUCAUAGAUGAGAUAGAUCUACUAAACAGAAAUAAAGGUUCAGAUUCUGUCUCGGAGUUGUUUAAAAUGAUUAUACUCAGUUCUACAUCUCAAAUGAUUCUGAUUAGUAUCUCGAAUACAAUUAAUAUAGAUCGAAACAUCUCAGAACGUAUGGGUAUAUUAAAUGUAGAAGGUUAUGAUGGAGCAAUUGAUUGUAAUAUUGAUGGGCGUGUAAAGUUUAUGGUGUUUUCUCCAUAUGAUCACAAUACCCUAAAGGGGAUAGUGAUGAAUAGGAUAACUCAAGAAAUUUCUAAUAUUGAAUGUGGAAUUAAUAAUGCAGGCUUGGAACUUUGUGUUCGGAAGGUGGCAAGCGUAUAUGGAGAUUGUAGAAGAACCUUGGAUGUUUGUAGAUUAGCUUUAAGCAACUAUUUAAUGGAUAUCGUAGAACUUCAGCAAAAUGAAGAUGUAUCUGCAGAUAUUGAUGAUGAAAUGAGUUCCAUGUCAACAGUAUCUAAUACUCCAGCUCAAAGUCCUAAGCUAACUACACGAGAAAUAUCAAUGAGUAAUUUCCAAGAUGUUUUAAAUAAGGUUCAUGCCUCACAAAAUAGUAAGAUACAGAUCUUACAAUCUCUACCUCUACAUCAACAAUAUGUGAUCAUGAGUAUUAUACUCGCUAUAAUAGAUGAGCAUUGCAAUAAUAUGGAAUUAAAAGAGGAUGGGCAGAACAACAAUUAUACUAAUAUGAAAUCUCUGCUAGAAUCAUUAACUUGUUUUGAAGUAUCUUCAUUUAACUGUAGAAAGAAGUAUUAUGAAAUUUGCCAAAGAUUUCUAACUCCUCCAGAAGAUUUUAAAGAUAUGCUAGAUGCAAUUGAAUCUCAUAAUAUAAUAAAGCUAUCUCAUAGUUUAAUUCCAUCUCUGAAUAUAAGCUCAUUAAGUGGAUACAAGCGAAGACAAAUAAAAAAGAUAAAUUCAGACAUAUCUAAUAUUGUAAUUAAAUUACAGUUUACACCUGAGCAGGUUAUCAACUCCCUGACAUCACUCGAGAAGGUUGGAGUAGUAUUUUCUAAAUUACUACCCCUCUAA